AUGUUCCGCGAUGAAAGCAAAUCAGUAGUCCGAAAAGCAGUUGCGGCGUCGGCACAUAAGAAUAAACAAGCAGAGCGGUCGCAUCGCACUGCAAUCCCAGAAGGGAAUCCUGUGCGGUCUGAGCUCAGUACCCCGGGAGUGGAGCAGGGUUUCCAUUUCAACUCUGACCCACAGCGUGUCUAUCUUAUGCGACAGCUCGGGAAUUACCCGUUGGAGGUCCAGCCCUCAUACGAGCUCGAAGCCACCAAACAUGAAGCAAUAUGUUAUUUCCUGCGAUCCAAUGCUAUCCCCAGCCUUUUCUGGAAUGGUGAGAUGAUCUCCAAUUUUUUGUUGCAGAAUGGGGGCCCUGCGAGUCAGAGAGCUAUGAAGGCAAGUGUGGUUGCCACUGCCACGGCUAUGCUCUCGCGAGUAAGAGAGUUGCCAUCGCUUAAAGAUGUAUCUUACCGGGAGUAUGGAUCCGCUUUGAGAUUGCUUAAUGCCGCUCUAGCCGACACAGAGGAGGCAAAAACAAAUCAAACCCUAGGCGCUGUCAUACUGCUUGCCAUAUACGAAGUGAUUACAUCAAGAGCCCCAGAGCAUAUUGACAGUUGGACCAACCAUAUCAAGGGGGCAACAGCCCUGCUCGAUAUACGGGGCACUGAUCAAUUUAAGACCGCCGCCGGUCUUCGCUUGUUUUUGUAUCUUCGGUAUCAGAUUACCAUCAGUUGCCUACAACGAGACGCACGAGUGCCUGAGUCGCUACUCCAAUGCUCAGAAAUCGCGAUGUAUCUUGAUCCAUCAGAAGCUCACGGCAAUCGACUAGUCAUGAUAAUUGGCAAAUUAUCGAACCUUCGUGCAGACAUCUGCGCCAAAACGUACAACAAUGAGCGGGAAAUCAUAUCAGCAGCGUUGGCUAUCGAAGCCGAUUUAAUUGCCUGGCUAGCAGCUCUUUCUUCCGAAUUCAACUACACCACCCACGUAAGCUCCCCCUUCGACUUGGCCAUUCGAAAGCAAUUCCGAGGCAUAUUGCCAUACGACGAUCAAUACCACGUGUACCCCACCCCCUGGGUUUGCACUUCGUGGAACCAAUACCGCAGCGCCCGAAUCAUCGUCAGCGAAAUUAUUCUCUCCCAUGUCCGGCAAAUAUCCGACAAUUCCUCUCCAGCCUCAUUUUCUGAAGAGUUUCAUGUCCAAUGUAGGACACUGCGAUUAACGAUCCGGCGAUUGGCCGUGGAGAUCUGUCGCAGUGUUCCAUUUCACUUCAACGUCCACCUGGUAAACAGGGAAGCUAAUCUCCCACCGCCUGAAAGCUACAUUGGGGGUCUAGUUCUCCUAUGGCAUCUGUUUAUCGCUGGCGUUGUUGAGAGCCCCCAACAUAGGUUGCGCCGCUGGGUGGUCAAGUGCCUGGAAAUGAUUGGAAGGACGAUGGGUAUCGACCUGGCACUGGCAGUGGCAGAUAUAGUCGCUGCUGAUCCUGGAGUUUUACAUUCUGUGACCGAGGAAGAAGACAGUCAUUGA